AUGACCAUUUUUCGCGACAGACAUCUGCAAGAGUUUAUUGAAAAUGUUCAGACAAGUGACUAUGAUCAGGAAAGCGUACAAGAAACCUUGGACAUUUGCGCGGAGUACAUAAAUCAAUUGGAGAUAAACUUUUUGCAACCCUCUCCAGACGGACAACACAAUCACAUUCCACUUGAUUUCAUUUUGAGUAAUCUGCCGGAAUUGCACACGUUACGUUUAACAUAUUGUACCAAGUCUUUGGGUAUGAAUUUCUACUUGGGCUGUAAUACCUUGUCGAAGCGUGAUGUGCUCCAUUUGGCCAGAGGACUGAGCAGAAGUCAUGAGCUUCUACAUUUCUGCUUACACAGCACCAAAUUGAGUCCUUAUCAGUUACACCCGAUUGCACGCAAUUUGGACAGAGGCUGCCACAACUUAACAUCGCUCGCUUUGGUGCAUUGUUCCUUUGGCAACGAAGGCAUACGCAAAUUCCUACAGGCUUGUAAUAAGGAAUCCUUUAGUACGUUAAAAAUUUUGGACUUAACAAAUAAUAAAAUAACUGCUGAGGGUGCUUUAUUGCUCAGUCGUUCUUUACGUAAUCUGAAACUGGAAAAAUUCAUUUUACGUUUCAAUCCCAUACAAAGCGAUGGUGCCGCUAUCAUUUUCUCUCUACUAAAUUAUUUACCCAUUAAAUAUUUGGACAUUAGUUGCUGUUGCAUAUGCGUGGGAAUAACAAAAUUAUUUAUGCAAUUAAUUGUAGAGAACAAGAUCUUACGAUAUUUAGACGUCUCUAAUAAUGAAUUGAAUGAGGAAUUCGGUGUUCAACUUUAUAAAAUUAUUGGUUUUAACAAAACAUUGCAGAUGUUGGAUGUGAGAAACACAGGACUUUCUUUCACUUUGCGUAAUAAACUAAGAGAUAUUUUAAAACAA